GGCGAGUAAAUACUUGCCAAGAUAUUUUAAUUUUCCCCACUCCAAAGUCAGAAAUGUAAAUAUAAACCGGACGGCAUUGACAUUCUUUAUUUUUGAUCCAGUAGAUACCAUGUACGCUACAGCGUACCUAUUUUUACCCAUAUUAGCAUGCAACACUUUCUGCUUCACGAGUACAAAUUAUACUCUGGUGUUACUGUGUUACAGAGUAUGGUAACCGCAAUGCACCCUACGUUUUCUCUUGCACCUGGAGACAACAAAACAGUGGCCAUUAAAUUACUUACUGCAACAUAGUCUUUCAAUGAUAACUGAUCUAUAUCUCUUGAUUUGAGAUCUAUAUACUGCUCUUCUGUCAGCUGGUUGAUGUCAACAAACAGACUUGAUUUCAAAUACCCUGAUUUUUCAUGAAGCUUGAUAUUUUCUUCUUCAAGCUGUUUUUGUCGAUCAGUAAUUUGUGUUAAUUGUUCUUUUAAUUUACGUUGUUGAAUAUUAGCUUCAUCUUCUUUUAAUUUUAGUUGUGAUUCAAGCUUUGCUUUCAACAUAUGUUUAGAGUAUGUAACAUCAGACAAUUUCUCUUCAAGAUCAUCAAUCUUAUUCAUAAGUUCUGCUUUGUAGCUCUCAACAAGCAAUGUUUUGUGACUAAGUUCUAUACGUAGUCGAUCCAUUUCAUGUAAAAGUUGUUUCUUUUCAAUCAUAUGUGCAGUUAUUUUACUAUCAUCAGCUGUAGUGGAAAGUACUGAAGUUGUAAGAGACGACACCGUCCCUGCCAGAUCAUCUGAUAGUAGUGUUGAGUCAUUUAAAGUAUAGUUUACACUUGUUGUUGUCGACGAAUCUGUUCCAAGAGAAUUAUCAGACAUUUUAAUUGUUUUAAAGCUCAAUCGGUGUUUCUUUUACAAUUUACAACCAGCAAUUUUAUUGUUUAUACUUCGCGCGCCUUUACAUGUAUAAAUAUAAAUACAGGUCUUAUCGGAAGCAUAGAACGGAAGCUUACAUAAAAGUGCCGUGCCGCCCCCCGGAAUUAUCAAUUUGUUCGCGAAUUAUCCGGGUGGGUAAUUAACAUAUAUUCCACAGUUAUAAUUAUAUAGUUAUUUCUUAUUUUGCAAUUAUGUGGUAAUAUGUAAUUGGGCUAUUACAGGUAAAAGACAAUGCUCCAAUAGCAAAUAAAGAUAGUGCAAUAUGCAUGCCCAAACACAUACCAGCUCUUACAUUCAUAUCAGAUUCCUAUGAUUACAUUGUGACAGACAUUAUAGAGGUUCAGAUUUCUUCUGCUACCACUACCUCUCACUGGCUUAAUAGUAAACAUGUGAUUGGUUGAUCUGAUAAAUCAAACACAUCUGAUUGGCUAAUGGUCCCUUAAUGGUAGCGGUAGUGGACGUCAAAUCUGAACCUUGCUAUUAUGACCACUACUGUAACAUCUGAAACAUGUGGUUCAGUGUAUGUCAGUGUAGCUAUGGUAGGCAGUAUUCUACAACAUGUGAUUCCCUGGUUGGUCCAGUCCAGUUAAAACUAUCUGAAAAAGAUUAAGAAGACUAAACAAAGUUUGAGUCUACAUCUAGGUAUAGUGUUGAUAACAAACAGCUGUGGUGUGAGAAAGAUGGCAACUACCUGAGAAAUAUAAGCAGAACUACAAUUAUGUUUCAAGUCAGAAGGCCCUUCAUCGGGAAGUUAGUAGUGAAAACUAUAGGGCCGUCACUCGAUCAAAGACAUCAAAAUGUUGAAGUUCUGCUUAUAUUUUUUAGGUAGUUGUAUCUCUCUCAUACUAUAGACUGGCUCUUAAAGUUAGACUGCCAUUUGACCCAUUGUCACCAGACAAUUUUUAUACUAAGGGAAGAGUGUCAAGGGGAGAGUGCUGGUAUUGGUAAUCUGCCAUGUGUCUAGUUAACCCAUUAAGUUGCAUUGUUGGCCUUUAUUAUUUUACUCUAAAUUAGUUCAUUGUUGGCCUUUAUUAUUUUACUCUGUCUUAAUGCCAAAUGAUUUUUCUUGUCAAGGGGAGAGCACUGGUGCUCACUGGGUUAAUUAAGCUAAAUUUAUGAUAAGCUGCCAUUUUAAUAUGUUUAAAUAUUUACAACUAUUCAUUAAAACUGCACUCUACUUUCUUAUUUUAUUCUGUCCAAGGCCAUACAAUUUUACUUGUCUGGAGAAAGGGAAAGUGAGUUCCCCACCAUUCAAAUUCUGCAAAUAUUUUUAACACUGGAGGCUAAGAAGUCUAGCCACAUAAGCCACCAGAUUAUUUUUACUGUGUAUAAAUUUGUAUAAGGAUUUAUACACAAAAGUUCAAUCUCGAGUUCAAUUAGCAUUAUUUAAAUUCAUUCUUCAUUUCCAAAGUUGUAUUGGCACAAGCCUGAACGCAUUUUGUUUCAGCUUGUAAAUAAAAGGAAACAGUAGGUGCCAAAACACACAGCUGUCUAAUUGGAAAUUUGGGCUUCGCUUAUACAAGACCUGUGGCUGUGGUGUAAGACCCAAAAUUGGAACAAGAUACUCUUUGUGAAGUCCAAAUUAAUAAUGCAAAAGGGAAACGGUUUUGCCUAACGGAAAUAAGAUUUAGUCUAUAUUAGUCAUUUCUAUUAGUCAUAGUACUUUUCUUUCUUUAUUGUCGAUGCAGAUGUCUAGAUAAAUAUUAUAACACGAAAUAUAUAAAACAUAUUCAUUCCUGCAACGUCGAGUUUGUUGUCAACAGGUCUGAAACUUCAAUCGGUAUUUAUAGUGUAAAACAGAUUUUAAAAAGGUAUUGAAUUGGCUAAACAGUGGUGUGUUGUUCUUACAAAUUACUUCAAGUUUUGGCAAGUUUACUUCUAUUAUAAUAGUAUAAAUACGCAACAAGUGUGUCAGCAGCAGCAAUAUCAUUUCCGGCAUUAUCUGCAGCAGUCUUUAGAAGUCUUGGGGGAAAUACAAACACACUCACACCCAGAUAAUUUUGAGCAAUUAUUUAUUUUAAAGCACACGGUGUAGAUACAAAAUAACUAAAGUUCCAAAGAUAUACAACUAAGUGUUUACACAAAUUAAAAUACUGCUAUAAUUUACAACCAUUUGCUCGUAUUCUUUUGGAGAAGCAGUGUUCCCAAAUUGUCAAUAUGUAAUACAAAAUUUUAAUAUCUGUCAUUAUUCUAUUAUGGAUUUCCGAUAUUCAACUCUAUCCAGACUUCUCUUGAUCAAUAGCUAAACGUAAAGGGAAAAUAAUCAUCUAACACCAGUCCAUUCUAGCACUUUUCACAUAAUUUCCUAAAUAGAUUAACUUUUUGGCGAACGUUUGCUUUUGUAAGACGUCAGAAAUGCGUGGAAACGACAAACAAGAAACAGCACACUGAAAAUAGGCACCGCCCAGUCUAGAGUUUGCCAAAGCUAGUAAAAUUUGCGUUUGCGAGCCAGGAGACUAAAAGUUUCUCAGUUUAUUCAGGUUAUCAUGCGUAGAUAGUCAAGAUAAUGAUAAACACAUACGAAAGCACACAGACAAAAGAAUAUAAACUAGUCAAAAUUCCAAUACAUUUCGAAGGUGUCGUAUAUCACACACUACAUGAAACAAUACUCGAUAUUGAUGGGAAAUCGAUGUUCUAACGAAGUAUUCUAUGUAUAGGAGACACAUGAGAACAGCAAGGAAAGCUUAAUAGUUGCACUUACUUGCUUUCGUAGGUAAGGUAUUCUUUUCUGUGGUUUCAGUCUUCUUCAACUUUGAUUUGUCAAACUUCGUUACUUCGGAUAUAUCAGGCUUAUCAGACAUUAUGACAAAGAAUCCUGCAAGGAAUACAAACAAUUAUAUCAUAAAUGACAGAGGGAUGAUAAAGAUAGAGGGAUGAUAAAAACAGAGGGAUGAUAAAGACAGAGGGAAAUUAUACCAAGGAAACGGACCUUUCUCAGCGAACUGUAAAUCAACUCCUGCACCAAACACACCCCAAACAGAGAAGUGGCGAGUUUAUUAAUAUGUGAGUUUAUAUAAUCGAUCAAAAUAAUUACUAUGCACGAUAAGACCACAUGAUCCGAAAAAUUAUCCAAAACGGAAAUCCGCCAGAAAAUAGUAUUCGUGCAAAGGAUUAAACAAGGAAUAGUAGCUUAUUAAAAUAAAGGUAAAUAUUAGCUAAAAAUAUCUUGGAAAAUGUAACCAAAAUCACGAAUUCUUUUUAAACAAAUUACUUUAAUUAUUUUGGGGCUUUGGCAUAAAUUAUAUUAUUUUAUUAUAAAUGUUAUAAUUGCCAUGUUUUCAAACACUCUAUUUUUUUAAAAGUAUCUCCAGUAAAUUCCAUUACUUUAAAUGAGGAAAAUUGCCAAAAAGUAGAGUUAUUUAAUAAUAGUUAUUUUUGAAUGUGAACCAAAUAAAUAUUUUUUUGAAGCUAUAGUAAUUUUAAAUAUCUAUUAUCCUCUCGACCAUGAUUAUUCCAUUUGAAGAAUAUAAUUUAUGCUCAACGAUAAAGCUCAGUAGUACGUAAUAAGAAUUUUAGCUAUUCGUCCAACGUUUUACCGUUUUUUUUUAUAUCGAUGCUACAAAUGAAAGAAUAAUUUGAGCAUUUGCGACAAUUAUAAUAAACCGCUAGUUAUGUUAGAUAUAGUACAUCCAUGAUUGUAGAUAUAGUGAAAAAAAAUGGUUAUAUAUUGUUGUUUUCGUGAUUGAAACUGAAAUUCUUAUAAUAUCAAACUUCACCACACGUGUUUCACCGGCUGUUUCCGGGUUCCUGUUAUGAGAAUUUAAGCUUUGAUCGGAAACGAACAUGUUUGUCUCUUAAUUUCCCGAAUGUGUUUACCUCUUAAUUUUUCAUAUAAAUUAGAAAAUGAGCGUUAGAUGAAAUUAUUCCAUGUUUCAAAUAAUAUGAAUCGAUAAGAGCUGGAAUGGUGGAAAAAAUUUGGUUGCUUUUCAUGAAUAGAAAUUUGCUUUUUUAAACCACAGCAUGUGUGCGUGCGCAUGACGUAUGGCGAUUAUUAUGCACGCAAAAAGCCUUUAUUUAAUUUCGGAUACAAUAUAAAUAGUUGCCAAACGUACGUUUCUGCUGUAAUGUUUCAUCUUUAGAUCUGUUUUUCGCCAAGUCAAACCAUGGUUAUGGGCUCAGUGAUCAUGGAUGAAGCUAGUGAGUUAUCGGUGUUCAUUCGCGGGUUAAAAUGGUCGGGCAUGGCCAAGACAGGCCAACUAUAAUUUAUGAUUUGAUUUUGUUAUUGAUAGCUACCUUGGCUGAAAUGGCUCAUCGUGAAUAUCAAACGGGAAACUACAAUCGUGCAGAACAGCUUUGUAUGCAACUAUGGCGAAGAGAUCCAUCUAAUACUGGUGUAUUGCUUCUUUUAUCCUCAAUUCAUUUUCAAUGUCGUCGAAUGGACAAGUAAGUUUAUAGUAAAGUUUGAUAUGCGAAUUUAUUAAUGCUGGUCUAAUAUAUAUAUGUUAAUAUUGAAAUAUUUUCGAUUCCUCUUUUUUCACAAACUUUAGAUCAGCUCACUUUAGUACACUGGCUAUAAAACAAAACCCCGUCCUUGCCGAAGCUUACUCAAAUCUUGGUAAUGUCUACAAAGAACGAGGGCAGUUAAAAGAUGCUUUAGACAACUACAGACACGCUGUUAAAUUAAAACCUGAUUUUAUCGAUGGCUAUAUCAAUUUAGCGGCAGCAUUGGUUGCUGCGGGAGACUUAGAAGGAGCCGUUCAAGCCUACGCCACAGCACUCCAGUACAACCCGGUAUUGUCCUUUGAUAUUCUGUUUUAACACUUACAAAAUGUCUUUAAUAAUAUUAGCCAUUAGCCUUGAUUUGUGUUCAAUAUAUUGUGAUGGGGGGGGGGAGUCAUUUUUUCAUAAAUUGUUGGAUGUUACCCCCUGAUUUUUUACCAAUAUGCAAUGUGACCUACUUUGAUACUUGGCACAGGGAAAUAUCAACAUCGAAUCUUGGCAUGAUUCCUAGUAUUUCUGGAAAACAUUUUGCCAAAUCCUCUGAUUUUAUCGAGGGGCCUGCCACUGUAUUCUAAAGUAUACAAGAUUUCGAAACAUAGACUGAUUUUGUGGGGGGUGUAGGGGGUUGCUAUCCCCCCCCCAAUAUUAGCUAUAACCCAACCCCCCCAAACAAAAUGUCCACCCCUCCAAAAAAAAUUUCAAACCCCCCCUCCAAUAUUCGGCAUAAAAAAUAAUUAAAUAGUCCACUCCAACGUGCAGAGUGUUGAUGAUACAAAAUAAACGUAGGAGUACACUCAAAUAGAAAUAAGACAGUGCAAUACUCUGAAACUAAUUGCUCCUUGCUUACAUUCACUGGUUUAUUUACUCUAUUAUCUCCCCUGAAUAGAGUUUGCAGUACCUUGUCAUGCAAAUAGCUUGCUUGCAAGGAAUGUAAGGAAUAUUUUACGAACAUUAUUUUUAGUUUUUAAUUCUUUUAGGAAAUAGUCUUGCCUAUAGAUUUAAUCUUUACGUCCCAAAUAUUAUUUACAUCGGAGUUGCAUCAUAAAUUGUACUCGGAUUCAAACGACACAAUGUCAAUGAUUUUAUAAAAGUAAAAGCAUAUUGUGUAUUGGCCUAUUGGGUUUACACUUUUACAGGUUCAUUUAACUUUAACUCUCUCAAGUCUCAACAGACAAUUGGACAGGCCAAAUCCAUUGAUUUGACACCUUAAAAAAACGUUUUUUUCGAAGCAAGAAGUCAUGAUUUUUUUCAAAUUUUUCCAGGGAUACUUUGUUUCCUGCUCUCUAGACUCCCACUCGCGGCUCUAGUGCUCCACCCCUGGAACAUAGACCUUACUGGGGUUUGGUGACACUUUGUGUUGCUUCAUUCACCUGCUCAUGGCUCACCCUUCUAAAAUUUCUGGCACCACCCCAGUAAUAAAUAUGAAAAUCCGUCUAUGUUUUGAAAUCAGGUGAUUUCUAACCUGAUUUCUAACCUGAUUUUUGCUGCUUACUAACCGGAUUUCUGUUGUUUCAGGGCGCGAAAUAACGGCCGGUCAACGGACAAUGUCCGGCCAGAAUGCGGAAUUGUCCGGUCAAAUUCUUACCUUUCCGGUCAUUUUGACUAGUCACUUUUGGUACAAGAACAAACAACUAAUCUUCAUUUGAAUUCAUAAUCAAAACAAAGUUGUCAAGCAUUAUAAUUAAGAACCAUAACAUGUUGUCCAAUACGUUGCGGGAAAAGAACUUCAAUGUACGCCAGCUUUCCCACGCAGUACGUCACAAAGCCCGUGGCCAUGUUUUUGGCUUAAGAGUUAAUUAAGGCCAUUGUUUUAGCGCAGUGCAAGUUGUUUUAUGUGAAGGUCUGUGAAGGAGUUUUUAAUUACUGAUUACAGUAAGGCUUUUUGUAAUGCUAUACUGGGAAAAUAGUCACAUUUUUAGGGGUAUACUUUACUAGGCUUUACUUUAAGCUGAAUAAUAUGACCGGCCAGAAAUACGGUAUGUCCGAGCUAAAAUUGAGUUGGCCGGUCACCUUGACCGGCGUCCCUCCAGCCGUUAUUUCACGCCCUAGUUUUAUAAUGCGAUUUCUUGAUUUUUUAACAUGAUUUCUGUGGGUGACCACUGUCAUAUAGACUGUUGGCUCAAUAAUGAUGAAGUUUCAAGCAAGGCUGCCACUCGUAGGGGGAUUCCCCUAUGGUAGGGGAUUAUCACCUCUUGUGGGGGGGGUAUACAGAAACUUAGGAAUGGGGAUGCGGAUACCUAGGGAAUGUAGGAGGUUUCUUUUACGGUUUAUCUUCAAAAAUCGAUUUCGCUUUUUGUCUUUAUCUAAAUCAGUCUUUCCGUAAAUUUCAAUAUUUUAUGCAAGGGUGGAUUUUCAUUUAUGUAAAGGAGGGUAGAAAAAUUUGAAGGGGUGCAAGCGGCACCACUCAGUGAGCUUCAACAGGGGUUCGGCGUUUGGGUUAAAGCCUUUCACACAGAAUAGGAGGGGUGAAGCAAAAUUUUGGUGGGGUUGAACACUUUGUUAGAGGGGUUAGAGAGAUUCUAGGAGGGUUUAACCCCCCUAACCCCCCCCCCCCAGUAAAUCCGCCCAUGAUUUUAUGGCUUCGAUGGAAUGUGGAACAUUGUGGUGGGCCCCUUGGAUUUUAUGGCAGUUUAAAGUAUGUAAAAAGGCAUGGACCAGUUCUGUGGCUACAAGGAGUCUGGAGUGAGUAAAUUUUGUGACGACAUGCAAGGUACUUGUCAAAAUAUACUCUUGCCAUCUUCAAAACUUUGAAAAGUUCAAUGGCUUCAACUCUAUGUUCAGGUCUAGCCUGAGUAUCAGUCCCUGUUUUCCAUUCCUUAUAUGUGGGUGGGUGGUCACAUGUAAAAAUCUGGCUUUUCACUUGAUUGGUCUAUCAGACUAAAAAGUAUAAUCUGUCUUUUGAUUGGUCAGUGCUUAUUAAUUAGAUUAGAUUAUUAUUAGCAGUUUUAACUAGAAUUAGAUUGGUGUUGUUCAUUUAUGUGAAAUUGGUAGAAUAUAAUUUUACUGUGGGUGGAGAGCAACCAGAUUAAGCUUUGUGUCAAGGCUCUAUUUGCAAAAUAGAGUCUGACACAAAGAUUUGACAAAAAUUUUCAUUAAAUUGUGAGUCAGGGUGUUCUCACAAUGCUUGGAAUUGGCAGCAUGUGACAAUUCUUUGGGUUUUUUUUACUUUGACUUGAUCAAUAAAACAAGAUGCUCUAUUGAAUUUAGUUGAUUUAUGCACUACCAUGUUAGUACCACUAACAUGAUACAAACUACUAUGACAUACACUAAGGAGUAUGCAAAAUGUGCCUAUAUUAACCAGUCUUGGCCAGUUAAGCGCCAGCACUCUCCCCAUGAUGAGUAAAAUCAUCUGGUGUUAGACAGAGUAAAAUAAGAAAGUAGGGCGCAAUGUGACUCAAUGGGUUGACUAGACACAUAGGCAGAUAGGCCAGUUAACAACGUUUAAAAUUGUGUGGCGUUAGACAGAGUAAAAUAUUAAAUUAGGGCACAUCAGGGCACAAUGCGACUCAAUGGGCCUGCAAUGCAUCCUAAUUUGAUAUUUGGUACAGGGAAAGCGAUGGGCAUUAAUGAGUUAACCCAUUAAUCUGUGUUUAACUCAUUAAUCUGGGUUAAUAAGUUUUCUCAUCAUUAAUGCCCAUUAAGUUUAUUAUUAACCCAUUAAGCUUUAUUAUGUCCAUUCCCUAAAGUGCAAUUUAAAUAUUCUUAAAUAAAUUGAGUAAAACAUGAUUUGCUAAUGUGAUAGUCUUUUUAAUUAAAAUACAUACUCCUAGGAAGACUAUUGCAGUAAAGUGUUAUUUAUUUUCAGUGCUCUACAAGUAACUUCGUUAAAAGUAACUAGUUACAAGUAAUCCUUACGUUUUUCGGUAACGGUAACUCGUUACAUUUUGAGAACGUGUAACUGUAACCGUAACUAGUUACAAAAAAUGCCAUAAAAUUGAAACGAUUACAAGUUAUUUUGCCAAAGUUACAAGUUACAUUUUUUUCGUUGCUUUUUGUGUACGUUGUUAAAAUGAAAUAAAUCAAUAGUCACAGUCAGGCAAGCUCUUAAUCAUCUGCACAGGAGUAAUUUAAUCAGACACAACAGAAUCUGUUCAAGACACAAAUUUAAGUCAAGGAUUUCAAGACGUUUACGUACAGUAGGAACUGAUCGGAAUGCCGUCGCUCGCCUUACUUGGUCUCGUCACAAUUGGUCUUUGGUCUCAUUUCACUUGGCCUUGGCCCAGUCACAUAGUUGCCAACUUGGGAAAAAAACAUCCGUGAGAUUUUGCUUUGGGGAGGCCCACGAUGCGCCACCACGGUUAUCGCCGAGCGGGGAGAUUUUGAAAAUAUGGAGUCUCCAGAUCGUUGGAAAUGACAUUUUCAGCUUCUAUGCCUUAUAUAUACACACAAGUUUUGGUAGCUUUUAUUAUAAGUACAAAACCAUAUUGUUGAAUACCCACAAGUAUGCGAUGUUUUAUACACACAAGUUUUGGUAGCUUUUAUUAUAAGUACAAAACCAUAUUGUUGAAUACCCACAAGUAUGCGAUGUUUUCAUUAUCUAUUUUUGGCUUAGGGAAGCCUCAUAUCGAUUUUGUCCACGAGAAACGUCAUAUGUUCGUUUGGGGUGGGGGCCAGGGGGUUUGCAGCUGUGACGUUCCUCUGUAGAACACCAUGGAAGGAUUCGAUAGUUUUUAAUCAUCUUUGCAGAAUAUAAAAAAGAAAACAACUUGAUACAAACGCCUGUUCUAUACAUUUAUAUUGUUACGCCUUCCUUGCAUUGAAAACACUCAAAUUUCAAGAAAAACGCGCUAAAAUUGUCAAUAUUUCAUCCAAAAUAGAUGUUUUGAGUAACGUUGGAAAUUUUGAAGUUCAUAUAUAUAUGUUAAUAAAAAACGUGUCAGCGGAAGCAUCGCCAAUAGCCGACCAUAGAAAAUAGUAGUAAAUUACCUUAUGUGUACUAUGAACAAAAUAUCGAUAACAAUGUGUGACGUUUCUAAGGGGGGGGGUUGUCUCCAGAGAAACGUCCAUAUGACCAACAGCAGGUGUAAUUGUUAUGGGUGACUUUAACCAGUUCGACUCCAAACGCCUUUGCAGAAACACGUCACUUAAACAAAUUGUAAAGAAACCUACCCGUGGGAAUGCAACUUUAGAUUUAAUAUUUACUAAUAUGAAACGUUGUUACAAUGACCCUGAAAUACUCCCUGCUAUUGGACAAUCGGAUCACAUGUCAGUCCUGUUACACCCCGUUAGUAACAAUCACCGCCCUAAUACCAUUACCAAAGUCUGGGUCAGAAAGCGGAAGCAAUCAAAUAUGCAGGCAUUUGGUCGAUUUCUUUUGGAUCUUAACUGGAAUGUACUUUCGCAGCUACCCGAUUGUCAAAAAAUGUGUGACCUGUUUUAUGACAUUAUUCUCAUGGGUUUGGAUACAAUUUUCCCCCAAAAAUCUGUUAAACUUCACUGUAGAGACAAAGCGUGGAUUACCCCUGAAAUCAAACUCCUCAUCUCCCAACGACAAAAGGCCUUUGCCUUGGGAAAUACAAUUGAAUACAACAAAUUGCGAAAUAAAGUAAUUCACGUCGUGAAACAGGCAAAGUCUAAAUACUUCGAGUCUCAAGUGAAUCAUCUAAAAAAGUCAAAGCCAAGGAAAUGGUGGAGUGCUAUUAAAAACCUAGCUGGCUUUUCUUUAAAGCCUGCCUUCCAUUCUGUAGAGGUAAAUGGAACUAUCUUGCAGGGACGAGGCUUAGCACUCGCUGUUAAUAACGGGUUUUUAGCCGCCACUAAAUCGUUACCGCCGCUUUCAAUUACUGACAAAUUAUCUGUGGAAGAACCUACUGUUUUGUACCCUAUCUCCGUUGUUGAUGUCGAAUCGCGUUUAAAAGCAGUUAAAUCGAAUAAAGCUCCUGGUCCAGACUCUCUGCCAAAUUGGAUUCUCAAUAACUUUUCAAUGGAGAUUUCAGAACCUGUGACAAUGAUUUUUAAUGCCUCCAUUAAACAAGCACAAGUUCCAAUGCAGUGGAAAGAAGCAAAUGUCGUUCCCGUCCCUAAGACAUCCUCGGUCACGGAUAUAUCUUCAGACCUGCGACCUAUAUCUCUGACCGCCGCGCUCUCAAAGGUUCUUGAAUCAUUUCCAUUUCAAUGGAUUAUGGAUACCAUUAAGUCUCAGUUGGACCCAAAGCAAUUCGGAUCGUUAAAAGGCUCUUCUACGAUAGACGCAUUAAUUAGCAUGUUCCACUGUUGGUAUUCUAACACAGACGGCAAUGGCGAGACUGUUCGUGUUUUUCUGCUUGACUUUAGUAAAGUAUUCGACAGAAUCAACCACAAAAUCCUGAUAAAAAAGAUGCAGUUACUAAAUAUUGAUAAAUCCUUAAUAAACUGGGUUGUUGAUUUCCUGAUGCAAAGAAGACAGAGGGUGAAAUUGGGUUCUUCGUUCUCUGAUUGGUCCUUGGUAAAUGGAGGCGUCCCGCAAGGUACAAUCCUUGGCCCAUUACUUUUCCUCAUCAUGGUCAACGAUUUGGCUAUUAACCACAAAGAUAGAUGGAAAUAUGUUGACGACACUAGUCUCUCCGAAACAAUCGGUAAAGGUUGUCAAAGUAACCUGCAAUCCGUUAUUAAUAAUAUCGAUCAAUGGUGCACGGAAAAUGAUAUGAUGCUUAAUCGUUCUAAAUGCAAAGAGCUAAUUAUCUCGUUCGCUAAGGACGUCCCUAAUCUUCGACCAUUGUUUAUUAAAGAUCACUGUAGCUAUGUCCCCAGUUUUAUCAGCAAAGGUUCUUGGUCUGUACUUUUCUUCUGAUCUUAGUUGGAACUUACAUGUUGAACACAUAGUAUACAAGGCAUCAAAGAGACUUUUUUUCUCCGAGUGCUUAAACGCAGCGGUCUUGGAGGGAGUUCUCUAAUUCAGUCUAUACCACAUGUAUACGACCUGUGCUUGAAUAUGCAUGCCAGGUUUGGAACUUAAACUCCCCUGACUAUUUAAAGGAAGAAAUCGAAAGAAUUCAGAAGCGAGCCCUACGAAUAAUAUGUCCUGACCUGUCAUACCGCAAAGCCUUGGAAGUUUAUGAAAUAUCGUUGCUCUCUCAAAGACGAAAUAAUUUAUGUAAAUCGUAUUUUAAGAAACUUCUCAACCCGGAAAAUAAAUUGAAUGAACUUAUCCCUAAUAAACACGAGGACUUACGUACUUACAAUCUACGUAAUGAUCAGCAUAUUAACUUAAUUAAUUGUAAGACUACAAGAUUUAGUAAAAGUUUUAUUCCUUCUAGCAUCGUAUCAUAUAAUGAUUCAUUUUAAUUGUAAUAUAAAUUUUAGUGUUAAUAUACCGUAUAUUACUAUAUGUAUUAGUUUUACCUUGUAUUUUAAAUGUUAACUCUGUACAAUUCAGCUCUUAGCUGCCAUUCAGAUUUUUUAAUAAAUUCAAUUCAAUUCAACAAUUCAAUGACGAUUCUCAUGGACAAAAUUGAUAUGUGAAGCUUCCCUUAAUAGCGUGAAUAUUUUUACAAGAAAGAAGUUUUAUGUAAUUUGACGCAAAUAAAAUCACUUUUAAUAGUUAAAAUGUGCAACAAAGCCAACAUAUUUAAGAACCAGUUGGGUUAUUUUCGAAAUCCAUGAGAGUCCGUGAGAUAUUAACAACCUAUGUCUGUGAGCUCACCGUGAGGUUUUAGUAAAAUCCGUGAUGCUUAUACGGUGGAUCCGUGAGAGUUGGCAACUACGCAGUCAUGAUCACGUUUCUGCUUUUUCAUUGCGAAGUCAGAAGCCACUAGCCAGUGAGGGAUAUUUUUUAAAUUUUUCAAUCUAUUCGUUCAGACUGUAUAAUAGCAGUCGAGAGUUUUUUUAAUUGACAAUUCUAUUAAGAAAUCGAUUUAUUUUUUUACAGAUACACGCAGAUACAUUUUUUUAAAUUUUUCAAUCUAUUCGUUCAGACUGUAUAAUAGCAGUCGAGAGUUUUUUUAAUUGACAAUUCUAUUAAGAAAUCGAUUUGGUUUUUUACAGAUACACGCAGAUACAUCUAGUAAAUAGUUAUUAAUUUUGCCAAUAAUUUUGCAGCAAGUUUCAUUACCAUUCGAAUUAUAUGCGUUCUUAAUUGCAAUCAAUAAAUGUAACUUGUAACUUUGUAACUAAGUUACAAAAAAUAUAUUGUAACUGUAACUAGUUACACUUUGGCAUCUGUAACUUGUAUCGGUAACUAGUUAUGUUUUUGGUAAUGUAACUGUAACUAGUUACAAAUAAACUGUAACUGUUACAACACUGAUUAUUUUAACAUGUGAUAGGUAUUUUUGUUUGCUUGCCAUUGGGAAUAUAUGGCACGCAUACAACAUCAAGAUCAUAUUUUCAGUAAAAAGAAGAUCAUAAGUAUUUGAUUUAAACAUACUUAUAUUCACCCAGAUUUGUUCGUUUUGACUAAAAUGAACAAAUCUGAGUGAAUACAUAUACCAGAUAGCAUAAAACGUUUACUAUUAAUCGAAGAUAUUUCAUAUAGUUUGUUGCAUUUGAAUACUGUAACUGUUACAACACUGAUUAUUUUAACAUGUGAUAGGUAUUUUUGUUUGCUUGCCAUUGGGAAUAUAUGGCACGCAUACAACAUCAAGAUCAUAUUUUCAGUAAAAAGAAGAUCAUAAGUAUUUGAUUUAAACAUACUUAUAUUCACCCAGAUUUGUUCGUUUUGACUAAAAUGAACAAAUCUGAGUGAAUACAUAUACCAGAUAGCAUAAAACGUUUACUAUUAAUCGAAGAUAUUUCAUAUAGUUUGUUGCAUUUGAAUACUGUAACUGUUACAACACUGAUUAUUUUAACAUGUGAUAGGUAUUUUUGUUUGCUUGCCAUUGGGAAUAUAUGGCACGCAUACAACAUCAAGAUCAUAUUUUCAGUAAAAAGAAGAUCAUAAGUAUUUGAUUUAAACAUACUUAUAUUCACCCAGAUUUGUUCGUUUUGACUAAAAUGAACAAAUCUGAGUGAAUACAUAUACCAGAUAGCAUAAAACGUUUACUAUUAAUCGAAGAUAUUUCAUAUAGUUUGUUGCAUUUGAAUACUGUAACUGUUACAACACUGAUUAUUUUAACAUGUGAUAGGUAUUUUUGUUUGCUUGCCAUUGGGAAUAUAUGGCACGCAUACAACAUCAAGAUCAUAUUUUCAGUAAAAAGAAGAUCAUAAGUAUUUGAUUUAAACAUACUUAUAUUCACCCAGAUUUGUUCGUUUUGACUAAAAUGAACAAAUCUGAGUGAAUACAUAUACCAGAUAGCAUAAAACGUUUACUAUUAAUCGAAGAUAUUUCAUAUAGUUUGUUGCAUUUGAAUACUGUUACAACAUGUUACAACACUGAUUAUUUUAACAUGUGAUAGAUUUUUGUUUGCUUGCAUUGGGAAUAUAUGGACGCAUACAACAUCAAGAUCAAUUUUCAGUAAAAAGAAGAUCAUAAGUAUUUGAUUAAACAUACUUAUAUUCACCCAGAUUUGUUCGUUUUGACUAAAAUGAACAAAUCUGAGUGAAUACAUAUACCAUAGCGGGACCAAAUCGUCGGGCUGGCUACGCCACUGCCUGAUUAGACAAUACUAUUAGAAACCUUAUAUGUAACUACCAAGUUGUCAAACAGAAACAUUUAUUUAUUUAUUUUAGCUUUGCCAACUAAGACAGGGUCACGAUAACAGCAUGUGCCAAUUACUGUGGGCCCUUUUACCUAACCCCAACCCUGUCAACUUUCCCUGUUGGAGGAAACCGGAGUACCCGGGGAAAACCCACGACUUUCAGCAGAGCGUUGACUUUUACUCUUUUCACAUGAGGACUGGGUUCAAGUCGCAUUGAGAAAGUACUCACUGAGGCUUGAACCCGCGGCCUCAGGGGUGAAAGGCAAGUGUGCUAACCACUUGACCACCGAAGCCCCACAAACUUGCCCUCAGUAUGAGUGUAACAUCUGUAAUAGUAUUUUAACUCUUUGUAUCUAUGCAACUUGGAAGCAUUGACCUUUUCUAUUAAUUAUUACAAAUUCACUUCUUCAUGCCUAACAAACCUAAACAAAAGAAGAAAGUUCAAAACUUUUUUGCCCUUUGAAAUGUUUGAACUGCAAUUGAAUAAAACUAGUAAACUACAAAAUCUAAUCUGAAGUGUGAUGUCUGUAAUGAAGAAUUUACACAACAAUUUUAUUUGACAGGAUCUUUUCUGUGUUCGGAGUGAUUUGGGUAAUCUUUUGAAAGCUCUCGGAAGGCUGGAAGAAGCAAAGGUAAUUUUCCAUUGGCUGGAUACUGGUAUUGUAUGAAUUCUACCAAAUUAUAAUAUCAUGUUCUGUGAACAAAAUCCCUUAAAAAGUCUAGUACAUUUUGGAAACAUUCUGUUCACAUAGAACAUGUUUUAGUGAGCUAAAGUUGGUUUACCAAAUAGCAUGUUAAUUUCCCACAAGGUUUAAAACUUUGAGAUACUUUAUAAACUAGUUUAAAAAAUUUGGCAGUCCCAUUACUGUAAAAGCUCUCCACCAAUAAUAGUAUGUUUAUUCAACAUUAUGUAUCACCAAGUGAUUCUGAAACCUGUGAGGAAAUAUUCCCAUUGGGCAGGCCAACUUUCGCUGUUGUAAUGUAGUUACUGUAUUGUUAGUUGUAAUUGUAUAGUUAUUGUGUGUUCUUUGUCAGUUUUUCAGAAGUCUCCCAACAAUGCCUUUGAAACAAAGUAUUAGCUUACAAUCAGAGUUCAUCUGGUUUUGAUUUCUUCAUUAUUUUUGUAAAUUGUUUGAAAAAUCAGAGCAUUGGUGGAGUUUUCUCAUACAUUUUGCUGACAUGUAAAACUGCCCUGCCAAAUUUCAAAACAACGUCACUGACUUAAAAAUAUCUCCUUUUCCACCUUUCUUUCUACAAGCAGUUAUUAGUGCCAUGGUGAGUGUUAUUACGGCAUCUUGGAUGAUACAGAAGAUAUCCACAAUGAACGCGGGGCUGAUGAACGUGGCUGAGAAAGACCAACUUGGCUUUUUUCUUCUUGCUGCUCCCAUUCCUUUGCCAUGCCCGUUUUUGGUUUUCUUGUUUACAAUAAAAAUGGGAAUGCUAGACAACUUUGUGGAUUGUUGUUUAUUAAGUUCACCUGUAUAUUUUUUUGCAUGCUUUUCCUUAUUACCAUGCUACCUUCCUUUUGAGGCAGCUUAAAUUAAUACAGAUUUUGAGUCGUGACAGAAAUCUUCCGACAAGCUAACAAAGCAAAGGUUAUAAGCAUUCUCAUUUUUACUCUAAACAAAACCCCCACCUUGAAAAGACAACAUCUACUAUUCACAUUGCAUUUGAGCAGUGGUUGUCCUUAUUUCAAGUCCGGUUCAAAUUCAACAUGUUGCUUGUUUCUUUGAUGCAGUUAUCAAUGUAUUGCAACCCCUAAGAGAAAAAAUUAUUUAUAAUUAUUUGAAUUUUGGACAGUUCCUAUAAAAGCAAAAGCAUUUAUGAAGCAUUACACUGUGCACUGCAGUCUUUUUAAGACAUCUAAAGAAGCAAGUGGUAUGAUGCCCCAGUGUUGAAUUUGGGUGUGAGGUUACAACGUUAUUUUGCUGUUUUUGUAUGGAAAACGAACAAAAACGUCCAUGCAUUUAUAGCAGCCUAGCAAAGUACUUCACACUUGAAUUCAUAAAGUUAUUUGAAUGAAAUGAAAACCAUUAUGUUCUUUCUGCUUCCUGCUGCAUCUUUUGCUUAUUUGCUUUGCUUUGCUUUUUGUUUUGCUUUGCAUUGCUUGCUCUUGCUUUCCGUUUCUUGCUAUUUGCCACUUGGUCAAAACUAGGCAUGUUAUCUGAAAGCAAUUGAAACUCAGCCAAACUUUGCUGUUGCUUGGAGCAACCUGGGGUGUGUUUUUAAUGCUCAAGGAGAAAUUUGGUUGGCCAUCCAUCAUUUUGAAAAGGUAGUGUCUCUCCCUCCUUGCCUUAUGCAUAUUUAUGAUGAGAAAUUUAGCCAUCACCAGACAGUUAAGAAUAAAUAGCUCAUUAGUAUUCAUUUUUUGUUGCAAACUUUUUCAUAGAUUUGAUAAUUUAUUCCAUUUUGAUUAUUUGAACCAUUGUGCAGUUGUGCUGCAUUUUUCGCCGUCGUUCCUGGUUAGGUCUUAAAAUGUAUAUAUUCUCACUUGGAUUACAAACCCUAACAUUCUAACGUUUAUGCAAUGCCCGUUACUUGCUACCUGUAUUGUAUAUGUACAUCCAUAUUUAUAGAUAUACAUAUGUACAUCAAUGUACAAAUGACGUAAUUUUUGCGAAAAUUACUGUUCAAUGCUGAGUGAUUGUUGGUUAUCAAUUUUUUUUAAUACACUUGAGUUAUCCACAGAAGACACUAUUGUGCAAAAUUCCAAUUGGCUAUGUUUCACCAUCAGGUCCAAAUGGGUGUACAGUAAUUUCAUUAGAGUAAUUGCACAACAUGGCCCCAGUCUCUGGAUCCACGUGCUUCACAAUGAGAAGUUUUGUGAAAUCUUACAUGUGAUUUAAUGAUGAUCUUUAGGCUGUGCAACUCGACCCAUCCUUUCUUGAUUCUUACAUUAACCUUGGUAAUGUCUUGAAAGAAGCAAGGAUAUUUGACAGGUAAACUAUUAAACAUACUGUAUAAAUGAGAAAGAAGAUACCAUAAUUGCUUGUGGAUUGACAAAUUGUAAAUGAGGGCCUCUCCCUAUUGGGUUGCUCUGUCGGACCAGCAAAUGGUUAAGCAUCAACGUUUUCUUAAUCCUCUCCUUCCUUUUUAUUUAAAUGUACCCUUAAAAUGUGUUUGUACCUGUAUUAGGUAAGUUCAUAAAAUGUUUCUUGCAUGUGUAUUAUAGGGCUGUUGGUGCAUAUCUCCGAGCUUUACAAUUGAGUCCAAACAAUGCUGUAGUACAUGGAAACUUGGCUUGUGUUUAUUAUGAACAAGGGUAAGAAAAUGUAUUCCUUGAUUUGAAAACUUGGUUCAUUUGUGUGAGGUAAACAAUGAAUAUUUAAAAAUAGUAUUACUUUAUUGCCCAGCAAAUAUUUUUUUAAAAGGUGUAUGUUAAUUAACAGUUGAAUAUCCAUUUGUAUUUUGUAGUCUUUCUGAUUUGGCUGUUGACACGUAUCGCAGAGCUAUUGAGUUGCAACCUAACUUUCCUGAUGCUUAUUGCAAUCUUGCAAAUGCAUUGAAAGAACAGGGAAAGGUAAUUUAAAUGAAUCUUUACAGAAAAUCAUAUUCAAUUCUAAUUCUGAAUUUCUUCUUUAUACAUAAUGCAUAUUUUUCUAAUUAUAGACUGAUGAAGCAGAAGAUUGUUAUAACAUUGCUCUUCGACUAAAUCCAUCUCAUGCAGAUUCAUUAAACAAUCUUGCAAAUAUCAAACGUGAACAAGGUUUUAUGGAAGAAGCAAUCAAAUUGUAUUGCAAAGCCCUUGAGGUACAGGUACAAUAAAUUAUGUGUGGUUGCUAAAUGUUUAAAAUUUACCAUUUCAAAUUUACGUGAUGAAACAGUAAGUGGCAAUGUUUUUUAUGUACAAUAUGAUAUUUUAUAAUGAAAAAAACGAGUAUUUUUUAAAAAAAUGUGUAUUUUUAAAUAAUUUAGGUUUUUCCUGAGUUUGCUGCUGCUCACUCAAAUCUUGCCAGUAUAUUACAACAACAAGGGAAACUUCAAGAUGCACUCAUGCACUACAAAGAAGCAAUCAGGUAAUGUCAGAACCAUUUGGUUUGAUUUGUGAAACAUACAGUAUACUAAUCAGUAUACUAUUGAAAUGUAACUUUUUAAUAAAGGUACCUUUUGGAGUUUUCUUUUUACCUUUUGGAGUUUUCUUUUUACUUUAUUCGCGCGAUGUUAACACUAGAGAGCUUAAAGGUCCAGACACACCGGACGCGAUUCGACAACGCGACGCGAUUUUUCGAUUUUCACUGACCGAUAACUUUGAUCCUAGUUUAAAUUUUCCAAAUAUUUAGAAGCGCUAUAACAUUUUGAGUUAUUUGGUCUACAUAUUUUUUAAAAUUUCCUCUCAUUGGCAAAUUUAUUAACUUUCAAAAACUAAAAAAUCGCGUCGCGUUGUCGAAUUGCGUCCGGUGUGUCUGGACCUUAAGAUCCAUGACGCGGCCGGCUCAACGACUCGCUCUGAAUUUCAGCUCAAGAAUGAACGCCAAGCAAUUUCAUUACUGUAAUAAAUGUUUGAAGAUUUUUCAAAUAACAUUACAAACUGCUAAUUUCGACUUUAAGUAACACUGACCUUUUGGGUUAAGCUUUCACGUUGCUUCAAAGACGUGAUAAUGCUUUGUUUAACGUUGUGCUGAGCAUGACAAAGCCGUUGAGAAUACCCCUUGGGACCACAAAUUAUUCACAGUUUUUGUCUUGCAUGACAAAUUUAUUUCUUUCCCAAGCGUCGUUGAGCUGGCCGCGUCGUAGAUCUUAAACUCUCUAAUGAUAUUUAACUAAAACUUCAAUAAAUACCUUGCAGCAGGUUAUUAUACAAUCUGUAUGAGAUUGGUGACUAGCAACCUAACGAUGAUCGGCGUAUAAAUCAUCAGUCUCAGUAAUUGGCAUUUUUUAUCGAUUCAUCUCCAGUGUACCUUAUCAAAAAAUAUGGCCAUUUUUCCUUUAGAAUACAUCCAACAUUUGCAGAUGCUUACUCCAACAUGGGCAACACACUCAAGGAAAUGCAGGACGUUCAAGGAGCCAUUAACUGUUAUAGUCGUGCUAUUCAGAUUAAUCCAGCAUUUGCUGAUGCCCACAGUAACCUAGCAUCAGUUCACAAGGUAAGAUAGAUAGACAUAUUCCAUGAUAUAUACAGUAUAGAUACAUAUUUCAUAAUAAUUAUCUAACCACAGGAUGCAGGCAACAUAUCCGAAGCUAUCCAGUCAUAUAAAACGGCUCUGAAACUCAAACCAGAUUUUCCUGAUGCUUAUUGUAACUUGGCUCACUGUUUGCAGGUUUGUAUAUACUACAAUUGUAGAACAUAGAAAAUAUUAUUUUGUAAUGUAAUUGUUACAAUAAGUUCAAUAAAGACAAUUAUAAUCAGUAUGAUAUGCACAAUAUGAAAGCAGAGUUUCACAUCUGCAGUAUUCUAAUAUCAAUGCAAUAUACAUGCAUGGAUACCAGAUUUUUAAAUUUUUUUUUAUUUAUUCAAAUUUAAUAUUUGGAUACUGGGCAUUACAGUUCUAUUCUCGCCAGAUAUUUCCCUGUUAUACAUUUUCAAGAUUUUGUCAUAUUUGUUUGUAAGUUAAGAAGAAACAUUCUCUAUCGUCAACUAUGUCUUGCAUAUCUCUAUUUUCCAGCAAGUCUGUUAUUUGGCCAUGAUAAAAAUAUAAAUAAAUAGCACCUAUUUUUUUUCUACUAAGUACUUGAAAAGAUUAAGUUAAGUUCAAAUAAAUAAAAUAAACUAGAUUUUCUGGCUGGAUAUCAGAUUUAAAGUUGCACAUAUUCAAUUGGAUAGUGCUGUUAGUGAUACUUCCAAAUUUCAAGCCCUGAGCGAUGUGAUUUAGUCAGCGUCAAACUUGAAAAGGUUCACGGAUUUUUUCAAGAUUUUUUUCAUUUGUGCAAGAGAAGUGCCGAGUGGUGAUAUUAUAUGGUUCAUUUAUAAUACAGUUUCGACCCAAUCUAUACCAAACUUCAAUUUAAAUAAAAUCACAUCGCUCAGCAUGCGUUUAUGAUGUGUGAAGAUCCAUUAAAUUCGUACAGUAAUUUAUAUAGGGAAAAGUGCCACUAGGAAACUGUUGUAUACUUAUUCCUAUGUAGAUCAUUUGUGAUUGGAGUGAUUAUGAUACAAGAAUGACGAAAUUGAUAGAAAUCGUAAAUGAUCAGUUAGAGAAAAACCGCCUUCCGUCCGUGCAUCCUCAUCAUAGUAUGCUGUACCCACUGACCAAGGAAGCACGUAGGAAGAUUGCUAAUAGACAUGGAAACUUGUGCAUUGAGAAGGUACAUUUGUCCAGGGGCUUAUCUCUACCUUUUAUCCUAGUUAUCUAACCAACAAGGAGGAAUUUCGUUAUCGACCAAUCAAUGCAUUUGUUGACAUUUUCGCUCUAGGCCAAUCAGAAUGCGUAAUUGGUGACUACUUCCGGUAAACACACACAUUUGAACAGAAAAUAUAGGGUCUUAAAUAAAACUUCGAGGGGAUCAGGAUUUUUAAUUUUUUUAUUGGAUUUAACGUGACAAGGUAAAAUAAGAAAUUUCCAAAAAUUUGCCGCUGGGAUUUGCGUUUUGUUACCUAAUUCUAAAAUUAUCGGCAUUCGAACUUACGCGCUUUUCGCCGCUGUUCGAAUGCCGAUAACUUUAAAACUAGGCAAUAAAACGCAAAUCCCAACGCCGAAUUUUUAGAAAAUUUCUUAAUUUACCUUGUCACGUUAAAUCCUAUGGUUAAAUCCAAUAAAAAAAUUUUAAAAUCCUGAUCCCCCUCGAAGCUUUAUUUAAGACCCUAUAUUUUCUGUUCAAAUGUGUGUUUUUACCGGAAGUAGUAACCAAUUACGCAUUCUGAUUGGCCUAGAGCGGAAAUGUCAACAAAUGCAUUGAUUGAUCGAGAAGGAAAUUUCUCCUUGUUUAUCUAUAAACCUUAUCCUCAAACUUUACUCGAAUUCUCACUUCAGCCUCUAGAGUGAUGUUCGUUUUUAGGCAGUGAGCUCGAUAUAUAUCUGGAGCGAGAACUCGAGUCCCAAAAGUGAAGCCAAAGAUGGCGGAAAUUGAAAAGCUAUUGGACGUCAACUCAGUCCCUUUCUAUUGUUUUUCUGCGCGGUCGAACACAAAGCUGCCAGGAGUGUGCUAAAAUUUUGUAUUUUGAACUGAAACUAUUAGCCAUUCCGAAGUUGAUGAGUGGACUGGGGACGAAUGUUAAAAAGUGCCCAAAUUAAGAAAUGAACCAAAUCACUAAAAAGACCACCUCAAAAUUAGUAAGUAUACAAAGUUUGAAGACGUUUACAUGAAUAUCCUUCGAAUAAUAGGCUUUCGAAAAUCGCGAUAUUUACCAUGAAAUGUACUGUAAUUUUUGUUUUUGGGACGCGCGUCCCCAAAACAAUCUCUUAAUCAGUAAUUUCACAAUUUUCGAAAGCUUAUUAUUCGAAUGGUAUUCAUGUAAACGUCUUCAAACUUUGUAUACUUACUAAUUUUGAGGUGGUCUUUUUAGCUAUUUGGUUCAUUUCUUAAUUUGGGCACUUUUUAAACGGUCCGUUAGAAAAAAACUGGAAUGACCUGGAUUGGUUUUGGACGUCAAAUUCGCCAUCUUGGCUUCACUUUUCUCAUGGGCCGAAUGACUGAAAUAUACUGUAGAAUUUUUGUUGUCUACCACCAUGUUUAUUGCGCGAUGUUACAUGUACAUGGUGGAAAAUACCAAAACAACGUUAAAAAAACAUUGUUGAGAUUUAACCUCCGCUAUUGCUACCUCUCAUUGCAUGCAUCUGAUUGGUUAAUCGGGUAGAUUAAAUGCAUCUGAUUGGUUAAUGGUGGCGGUAGCAGAAAUCAAAUGUGAACUUCUCAACUGUUUAAUUGACUACUCGUUCCUUUCAUAUCAGGUGGCACUUCUGAAAAAGCAACCGUAUAAACAUCCAAAGGAUUUACAGAACAGUGAUGGUCGCUUAAGAAUUGGUUAUGUUUCCAGUGACUUUGGUAAUCAUCCAACAUCUCAUCUUAUGCAGAGUAUUCCAGGUUUUCACGAUAGAUCAAAGGUGGAGGUAAGUUAUAAGUAUAAAUUGAAGAAAGUCAAGAAAGUUUCUUGACAAACUCAUUGAGAAUGGGUUGUUUUGUUUCACUAGACAUUCUGCUACACACUCACUGGUGAUGACAACACAAGUUUCUUUAAGAAAAUAUCUCGUGAGGCAGAUCAUUUUAUUGACUUAUCUCAGAUACCAUGUCAUGGAGCGGCAGCUGACCGCAUCAACGCUGACGGCAUUCAUAUUUUGAUUAACAUGAAUGGUUACACCAAGGGAGCAAGAAACGAAAUAUUCGCCCUGAAACCAAGUCCAAUUCAGGUAUAUAAUACGAAUGAUACCCCUCAAGUAUGAUUUAGAUCGCAGAAAUUGCCUAUUACCGAGGUCAGCUAAUCAAUAGCCGAAAUCACAUUAGUGACGGGAAACUCAUCUAAUAUACAUCCGGUAACAGACGAGUUUGACGUCUCAAUUUUUCAGUCUAAACAGACUGGAACCCCGUCUAGACGAGACAGAUAAAGCGUUGCCAAGAUGAGACGGAUAAAGUGUUGCCAAGCAAGGGAAAAUUGGAACUGAAAUUAUCGAGAUAAACGUAUAAAAUUAUAUAUAAAACCUACACAAUAUUUGAGACGGAUUUCCGUUCCCAACAUUAUAUCCAGGCGGGUUUUGAUAGACGAGUAUCCCGUCUCUAAUGCGAACUCGGCUAAUAUAUGCUCGCUAUAAUCAGUAUGCUUGAAGUACCAGUUUCCCUUAAAAAAAGAAAUAAUUGAGAAUCAAAUGUCAACUACAAUGUAUUUAUUCAAUCUCAUAAUCUUUAGUUUAAUACCAAACUCCUUAUGUUCUCCCAUAGUCAUUUUCCGCAAUGGCAUUUCCUCACGUUAUCCAUGCAUUGUGAAUGCGUGCUGGGAGGUCGCACACCUAUAUCAUAUAACCUACGUUCCAUAGUUAAAGUUCUCGUUGUUUUCCAGGUCAUGUGGUUAGGUUAUCCUGGUACAAGUGGCGCGCCAUAUAUGGAUUACAUCCUGACAGAUCGUAUAACCUCGCCACUAGUGCACUGCAAUUCGUACUCCGAGAAGUUUGCGUACAUGCCCAACACAUUCUUUGUCGGUGACCACAAGCAGAUGUUCCCUCAUCUCAUGCAACAUUUGCGCACUUCUGGUGAAAAUCAAGCUAAUCCUCAGUCCACUUCCCAUGGCUCGCAAUCCCCACACAAGUUCAAGUUUGUACCAGAAGUUGACGUGAAUCUUCAUGAUAAGGUUGCGAAGUUGGUGGAUUGGAAGAGUCGAGAUUAUGUUGGCAGUAAAGAUAGCGGUGAACGAGUUCCUUCAGUGUGGCCAACUACUUCACGAUCUCAGUAUGGUUUACCUGAAGACUGUUUUGUCUACUGUAACUUCAAUCAACUCUACAAGAUUGAUCCUGUCACUCUCAAGAGCUGGGUGAAUAUUUUGAAACAAGUGCCAAACAGUGUUUUGUGGUUACUGCGCUUUCCAGCUGUUGGUGAGCCCAACAUCAAAGCACAUGUGCAAGCCCUUGGUCUGCCCGCGGAUCGUGUUGUCUUUUCACCAGUCGCUCCAAAAGAAGAGCACGUUCGGAGAGGACAAUUAGCAGAUGUAUGUCUGGAUACACCACUCUGUAAUGGUCAUACAACUGGCAUGGAUGUACUCUGGGCUGGCUGUCCAAUGGUAACGUUACCACUUGAUACUUUAGCAUCUCGUGUAGCAGCGUCACAACUUCAUGCUUUACGAGUUCCAGAACUUGCUGCUAAAUCAAGAGAAGAUUACGAAAAAAUCGCCAUCAGACUUGGAACUGACAGUGAUUAGUAAGUCUAAUAAGUUUUCUCGUCAAUUGUUUAUAUUUUCUGUAUCGUUUAGGGACGAUGAUUGUUUCUGCCCAAUGUUAUGGUAAAAUGUUACUAAUUGCGAACUUAGCAAUAAAUUUUAAAUUACCGAAUCCAAAGUUAUCGCUCUAUUGAUGUUUUGGUGGAGCAAGUAUCGAAGUUUAGUUGUCUUGCCUUUAAUUUACUCGAUCAUCUUGUUCUCGGCUUCAUUGUCGUCUGACCAGUGGCGGACACUUCACGAAAUGUUGGGGGGGGAGGGGGCGAAUUUUUCAACAUGUAUGCCAGGGGUUUCGGUAUCCGUUAAAGGCUCUAUAUGUUAUGCGAAUCUCUCAGAACAUAUGGGUCACUUGAUGAAAUGAAUAAAGUGUCCCGAGUUGUGACAGAUGCCUUUUCUAAGAAAAUCAUGUCGAUUAGCGUUGUUGUUUAAUUAUAAAUAUCAAUUCCGAUUGUUUAAAAUAUUUUAUCAGCAGAGCUGUAAGGAACACAGAACAAAACUGAUUGCAUAAAAUGCGUACGUUGUGGCAUCAUUGGCAUGCAUUGUACAGAAUCAUAUAUUGCUUUCUAUAUUGCUAACUUUUAUUUAAUAGUUAUUCAAUGUGACAAUUACAUUAUAUGGGUGUGACUGCAUGCUUGUGAUUGGAUUUGGUACCAGACUUUUAUAGGUAUUUCAAAAUUCUCCCCCCCCCAGUGUCCGCCACUGUCUCUGACUCACUCUAACCGUGUUGAAAUGACAACGGUAAUCUGGACACCGUUACAAUAAUUAAAUAACAUGUCUCAUUGUGAUUCUGUUUUAUUUUCAAGUUACACUGACAUAAAGAAACGUGUAUGGAAAGGCAGACUGGAGAGUCCUUUGUUCAACAUCAGACAAUACGCGCACGACAUGGAGACCGUUUAUGCCAAGAUGUGGGACAGAUAUAGUAACAAUUUGGGUGUAGACCACAUCAUAGAUUGA